AAAAUUCUAGUAAAGUAUAAAUUUCAAAGCUUAAGGGAAUUUGGUGCAUUGUUUUAGAACACUAUGUUCAAUUAAUUUUGAAUUCUUAGAUUUUGUGAAAAAUCAUGUAAAUUGUCACAAUAAUUGUAUAUACUAUACGUUAACUCCAGAGCCAAAUCGUAUCAAUUAAUGAUUCUCGUCCACAGCUGCUGGUGUCGCAUAAUGUCAAACCAUAACAAGAGCGUGAAAGGCUUAUGAUAUGAUGGUUCUUGUUCAAGAGAACUCUCGUAUUUUGGUUAUGGAAGCAGCCUUCAGUUCGUGCAGUUGGUUCACAUAACAAAUGUUUUGUCAUUCAACAAAUGCGUCUAGGCGAGGUUCAAUGUCCUCUGGAUCCAUAAAGAAUUUUAGUAAGGGUUCCGAUCAAUCAACGUUCUUCUGCAUGUCGUCCCAUAUAAGGAUUGUGUAAGGUGUAGGAGUUACAACAACCGUGAACCUUGUGGCUGUCUUUCUUUCUGAAAGAGCAUUAAGUAUAUGAUAAGCAUUCUAAAGCUAAACCAAAACCGCGGAUGUCUCUUCAACAGCAAGAAUAGUUUGACAAAUAGCUUCUGAAACGAAUAGCUUCUGGAUCUUCUCAAACGAAUCCGGAACAGCCAAGAAGGUAAUGCUUAAAACGUUCAAAUGUUAGUAAAACGGCUAACAGCUACCUGUGAGACCAUCAUGUCACAGUCUGACUUUCCAGUUAAUUCUUAUUGUUUGCUUAGAAUAAGGUAUAUAUAUCCCUCCCCUUAUGCUGAUUAGCUUGAAACCCACAGUGGAGUGAAUAUUGUGCCAAGACUGAUAAAAACUCCAGGAAACAUCGCUUAGAUUUGAUCAGUCAUAUCACAGGUUUGUAAAAAGAAUGAACAAUCACAGUUGAAGGAAAUAAAGAAGUGCGAGGUUCAGAUAAACUAUCUCCGUUCUUGCCUAUUUGACGCAGCUAUCCCUGGUAACUUGAAAACUGCUAUCUGACGAGAGUCGUGAUUGGUGAAAAUACUCCUCAAAACUGAACAACAAUUGUCUCCGCUGACAUAUCCCAGAUUCCUAAAAAACUGCUCUAUACUAUCUACAAGUUUUGAAGUGAUCAUUAUCCUAAGUUAAGAUCAAGUCCUUGGACUUCCUGUACACUUCUGGUUUCGGACAGAAGAGAAGUGAGAUGAUUAUGUACAUAUGUAAAUACUUACAAACUGAUAUCGAAUCGAGGUUCAACCAAAUGCAAAUCACAAAGGUCUUCCUCGAAGAUGGGAGCAGCUGAAUGAUACGACUCCGAUUCAAACGUGGAGUGAGAUGGCAGCAUUGUCCACGAAUGAUUCUUCAUGUCAAAUAAUGCUACAUCCCUCCAUGAAUUUGCUACACAAACAUAAUUCUUGUUGGCCGCACACACGAAUUGUUUUUGCGAAUUGUCUCGGUUGAGUUCCUCCAGUAUAAAAAUAGGCAUCCUUCGUACCUCGACCCAUUCAUUUCUAAGUGUCAAGUAUUCUGAGUCCUGUGAGUAUUUCAUUGUCUGUAACUUCCAGAAGCAAAAUUCCUGUAAAACCUUGCAAUGUCUGUGCUUCACCAUCUCCCAUCUGACCCUGCCGCCAGCCACCAUAAUGUCUUCAUUCAGAUGGAACAGAGUGGCGAAGUGAAAUGGGUACGGCAGCGAAGGCUCAUCGUCGUCUCCAACCCAAGUGGGCUCCUGGAGCCAGUUCGUGCUCGAAUUGUCCUGUCUGUAUGCACGAAACAUUUCAUACUCCAUUAUAGAGAGCAUACUUCCGAGGCACAAGAAUCUUCCUCCACACACCGAAGGAUGCUGGAAAAACCUCAGUCGAUCCCUCAGCCACCUUGCGAUCUGUUCCCAUUUACUGCUCCGUAUAUCCUGAAUGAUGAUGUUUCCUGAGUUGUACUAAUACGAGAAGCCAAAUACUUGUAAAACCGAAGAGCGUUGAGUCUGAACGUCACCUACUAUGCAUGUAGAUAUACACGGCUAGAUUUGGCAUUAUGAAAAUCAUCUGUCACAAGGGUUUUCAACUCAAAUGCUCUUCAUGACUGCAAGCUAUUGGCAGUGUGAUCAGAAAAUCAUACAAUAAUCAUGGUUAUAAUAGAGAUUGAAAAUGAUUCUCUUCACAUUGGGAAAAGUGAGAGUAUAUCACCCUCUUCGACUUGAUAAUUGGUAUUAACCACGUCCCGGGCAGCCAAACUUUAAGUAACUUUUCGAAAUUUUAUUAAAGACCUGCUGUGAUAUAACUCGAGGAUACAAAAAGUUAAAACACACAGUUACUAUACUCUGCGGCUUCAUCACAAAUCACAGUCAUGGAUAGACGGAACGAAAUGAGCACGUCAUCUUCACUUCCACUGCAAUCCUCAUGCCAAUUCUUCAAAGGGGCCUUCUCUUUCAGUCAGGCUUUAAGAUUUCACUGAAUCGUGUAUCCUGCAGGAACAUGGUUACAUUAAUGGUAUGGACUCUUCAAAGAGUCGUGAUUCGCGCAGGUAGAUGUUGUUCAGAAAGUCCUGCAGGCCCUGGAACAGCGAGGCGAUGAGCACCUUCACCAUGCGAGGCUUGGCGUGAUGCUCGGCCGUCAAUUUCUUGGCGCACCCGGCGAAUUUCGCCUCGCCCCAGCUGGGAUCGUCAGGAGUGGCGGGGCAAACCUCGGGCAGAAUAUCAUUCUCCCACAGACACCGAGUGAUUCGGUCGUUCACCAGAUCGUUAUUCUCCUCGAACUCCUUGUCGCCGCCGAAGUAGCGCACUUGAAUCCCCACCUGCUUCUCGGCAUUCGCGAGGUAGAGCUCGUUCACGUGCAGAAUUCGCUCACAGACGUGAUCAGCCUGGAGCAUGAGCGAGCGGAGCACGUAGGUGCUGGCGAUUCGGUCCGGAGGAAUCUCUGCUCGGAGUUCCAGAAAAAUCGCAUCUCAGGGCCGCAUUCGUCCGUGAUCGCCGACGCGUAGACAUGCAGAGUGCCUCGGUGACCGAGGUCGCGGUCGACUGCGGCGUAAAAUUCUUUCGACAAUUUGCGCUUCCUCUUCACGGCCUCGUGCAAUUCGUCGUUCAUUCUCCACGACGAGCCCGCGAAGGGCUCGCAGACCACGGACGGGUUGGAUGUGGAUUCGGGCACGAGAAUCAUUCGCUGCCACAGCACCGCGAACAUGAACAUGAACACUGACGACACGUGGUACAGCUUGUUCCCGAGCCCGUAAUGCGUCUCGGCGAUGACGAAUUUACCAGGAAACCCAGUCACUUUUCGAGAUUUUGAAUUUUAACUCGAAGUCACUUUUUAACAGGAAACCCAGUAUGGCGCAGUGGAGAGCGCAUGGAACUACCAAUUCCUGGAUCAGAACCGGGAGGGCAGAAACCGGUUUUCCAAGUUUUCCAAGGUCUCGUGUCCUUUGGACCAAAAAAGUGUCCGGAGAGGGCGAAAGAGAGCGAUGAGAGCUUCAGCCCUACGUAUGGUACACAGAGGAACAUUUUAUGAAAAAGGCUGUCCAGUCACUCCCGACCACGAGCAAUUAUAAACAAAACCAAAUUUGUCAUGGGCAGGCCUUCUUAGUUGCGGGAUUUAAGGGAGUAUAGUCUGCAAAUUCCGCAAAUAAGCAUCGGGUGGAACCCGCAAAUACCGUGACGGAGUCUGUGGAUGCGCAACGCAAACACUGCAGUCCAUUGCAGUCCCAAUCGAACAAAUACUGCCAUCGUGAAGAGAGAAUACAUCAAAUUUGCAUUUGAGCAUUCGCUGAAGACUUCCGCCAUGCCUAAGCCUAAGUUCGUCAGCCAUUUCCAGUCCUCCCACGCUGCAGAGUAUGGUUUGAAAGUGUCCGCACAUGACUCCAGCUUUUGCAAAGUAUCUAGUGUCGUGUGUCGCUUUUGCACUAAAUUCGAUCCUGAAGAGAACGUUGGCGGCAAGAUGACACGCAUCAAUAACGUGAAAUACUUCAACACGUUUAGAACUGAUGGAUACAAGCGCCACCUGGAUACUGCUUAUGCAGAGCAAUGGGCAGAACACCAACGGAUCUUAACAAGUAAGGGUAAAGAGCAAUUCUUCAAGAACAUCCCGGUUGCAUUCGUCAAUAGGCUUGAUGCAGACGUUGAAAAUCAGGGAAACCACAUUAGUGUUCUCAUCAAUGAACCCAUUAUGGAAACUGUCCUCGGAGAUUUGCUCUUCAAUCCAGAUGACAUCGAAAGCAUGUCUCGUGAGCAUGCUCUCCAGCAGUUCAAAAAGCUGGAUGCGCUGAACCUGAGAUUGGCGAGGAGGGUGGCCGCCACGAAAUGUUUGAAGUUGUAAUCAAGACGCCUCGGCGAUUUAAUCUUUGUAUAGAUUUUGUCGCUUGUGGUGUGUCCUUUCCCAUGGCGUCGCGCUUGAUAAACUGUACUCAGGCUGAAUCUGGAAUUGGUUUAUAUGGAGGCUACAGUGACUUCGUUGCAUCCAACUAUACUCGAUUUGUGUGCGCAAACUGCAUUCAGAUCCUUUCGGAUGUACUAGAACGAGUGUGGAAUUUUUCCAUCGCAUCGGAUGGCUCGACACAUCAAGGAAUGUCUUAUUUGGACCUGCGUUUGCGGUUCUAUUUCAAAGGCACACUAUUCAAUUUUCAUUUGAUGACGAUCCCAUUGUUUGAGAGUCACACCGGUGAAAACAUGUUCGAUGUUCUGGUGCGCUUUAUGGACGCUGUUAUUCGUGAUUGGCGGACGGGAUGUAUUGCUGUGUCGACAGAUGGUGCCAGGAGUAUG